GGCACGAGUUCCGGAGGACACCCGAGCCAGGAAAAACAGAAAAUACCGGUCACUUCAGGUCCCCAGGGCACUGAGUAUGCAUGCCUCCUCCACCCGAGUAUCAGACCUCAACCCUCUCAACACCACGAUGGCGCCCAACUCUAGCGGUCCCAAUAGGAGCAGCUUGUUCGAAAAGUUCAUCCAUAUGGACCAAGAACUGUACCAGGACUUUUACAGCCUGUGGAUAGCCCUGAUGGUGGUCCACGUCAUCAUUUUCCUGGUGGGCGUUGUGCUAAACAGCUUGGCUCUCUAUGUGUUCUGCUUCCGCACCAAGACGAAGACCACCUCAGUCAUCUACACCAUCAACUUGAUUGUGACCGAUCUCCUCGUGGGCUUCUCCUUGCCCAUCCGAAUCAUUAUGUUCUACACUGCGGGGGAAUGUCAGAAAUGUUCCCUGGUUCACAUCUUUGGUUACUUUGUCAACAUGUACUGCAGCAUCCUCUUCUUGACGUGCAUCUGCAUUGACCGGUACCUGGCCAUUGUGCAGGUAGAAGCCUCUCGUAAGUGGAGGAACCCCAGCUGCGCCAAGUGGAUCUGCAUGUUCAUCUGGGUCUUUGCCACCGCGGUGACCUUCUCCAUCCUGACCAUGGCGAUGACCUUCGGUCCCUGCUGCCUCGCCAAGAUCUUUGCCCUGAUGGUCUGCGAGUAUUUCUUCCCGCUCAUCAUCAUCAUCUUCUUCACCACCAGGAUCAUGUGCGCGCUGUCCAAGCCCAACCUCAUGCACCAGAGCCGGGAGAGGCGCAUGAGGGCCGUCCAGCUCCUCACCACCGUCCUCAUCAUCUUCAUGAUCUGCUUUACACCCUUCCAUGUGCGUCUGGUGGCCAUUUCCAUCAACCCGGACAUGUCCCGGGACGUCAGCUUAAUUGUCUACAAUGUGACCGUGACUCUGAGCAGCCUCAACAGCUGCAUGGACCCCAUCGUCUACUGCUUUGUCACGAACAACUUCCAGUCGACCAUGAAAAACAUCUUCAGGAAAUCAGAGCCUGAGCAGGCCAGUGGGGACAUCGUCUGUAUGAACAAGAGCUCCAAGGUCUCAGGUACAAAUGCUAUCAUUGCCUUCUCAAACACAAUAGGCAGCCCUUUGGGCUUACCUUCAACAAACAGUACACAGAUAUAAUCAGGUCCUAGAGGGACACAAGCCAGUGUGGAAUAUUGUCGGGCCGUGUGGUUCUAAUACCCUUGGCCUCGCUUUUUCUAAUAUGAGUUUUGGAACAACUGUUAGAAUUUAUUCCUUAAGAACACGAUGCUCUUUUUGGAAAGAGAAACUCUCCGUGCUGUUGGUACCAAUACAAAAGAAAGUCCAUUAAUUACAGUUCACAACAGGAAUGCUCCAUUUGCAUUUUAAUAUAAAUGCUUUCCUAGCAGCAAAUCCAUUACUGUUGUGGUCUUUUUUUUUUUCACUGUACACUAAGCUACCAAGCUGCUAGAGGACUUAGCGGGCCAUGAACACUCUUCUCGUCUGUGAAAGCCUCCCAGCUGUGGGAACAUGCUUAUAAAUAAUCUUGUUGCGCGACCAGAGUGCUACUGCACUUUCAGGUGACUAGACAGCAGAGAUUUAAAACACCCAGUGGAGUUGCCAGUUUCAACUGACUGUACUGAAGCAGGACAAAAUAAAUUGCUUCCACUUGUCACUAGCAGCUGGUCAGAUGUUUCUGGAACGCAUCUGAGCCUCCACAGGGAAAGCACUCUAAAGCGAAACAACAUGCCCCGCCCCCCCGACACCAAAUAUUUCAGUGAUGAGGAAACGGUUUGUAUGACGUUGUACAAUCUAUACGCAUGUACGGAUUUGUAUUGCUUGGUGCAACUUAUUCAGCUGGAUCACCAGCUUCCUUGUGUUUCAGCCAGGCGUGAAAGAAGCUACGUGAUUUCUUGGAGAAACUGUUUUCUCCACGUUUGCUGCCUCUUCCAGCAAAUCAGCAGUGAUGAAAUGAAGAUGCGUCAGCUUUCUUGGAGUCUCUUUUUUAUGCGGCAGCAUUAAAUUAAGGUUUGCUAUGUCAGAUCUGACCAAUGGUCCAACUAAUCUGUAUCCUGCCUUUCCUUUAAAGCUCCAGAGAAAAGCAAAGGAAAAACCCCAAAAACCGAACAAACAAAACCUCACCACCACCAAACCCCACAACUCCAUAAAGCACAUAGGAGGAAAGCCCUCUGAGGGCAGAGCCCUUGGCAUGAGUUAAGACCUAUGUUUAGGAUUUAAAUUUAGUUGAGGGCCCUCUGCACAGGCAUGAACGUCACAUCUUUCAAUUUCCAUCAUUCCAGGAGGAAGGGCCAAAUUCCCUUCUGAUACAGUAAUCAGUUCCCCCCCUCCCUCCACUCCCCAAGCAGGUGUGUAUGUUUACACCCUUCUGCGACAAUGAAUGGCCUUUUUUCAUCAUGCAGCGUAAUAAAACCAGUCAGCCCUUUGUAAAACUCCCACUGCAAUGCUAGACUCACUGCAUCCAUGCAAAUGGACACGCACAGCACCCGGAUUGCAAUGUGCUAUUUUCCAUAGUACAGUGCUGGCUGGUGGCUGUAUUGUGUGCACUCUGUGUGGCACCAUUAAAAAAGCAGAAGCAUGAAAAAGCAUCCCUCAGAAACAGUGAGCCCUGCAGCCAGAAAGGAAAUGACCAUUGCUGUGAUUAUUCCACUAAUUGAAAUGCCACUUGACUUGGAAUAUUUCCAACAGGUUCCAGACAGCUAACUAAGUUUGAGGAACAGAGCAAUAGAUCUAUUGGUUACUGGGGCUACUAGUUCUCCAACUUCAACUAGUAAAAAGCAGCUGAGACUAGUUAAAGGAUGCAAAUGGGACCUACUGGAUUUUCCCCCAGCAAACGCUGUGCCCAAGAGCUAGCGAAGGAGAGAUAUGAGUCAAAAUUUACACAUGCGGGUCAAAUCCUGCUCUUGGUACAGGGAGCCAAGUGAAGGAAUGGGGCAAUGGGAGUUUGUGCAGGGUGGUGUGCCCCGUUUCCUGAUUGUGGGGAGAAGUCAGGGAUUUCCCCCUCGGAGUGGUCCCCCCAUCUCACUCAGGAGGUCUAGGGGAGGUAGGAGCCUCAGGAGUAAGGGAAGUGUGUGGGGGGGGAUUUUGUGAAGGCCAAGGUGUGGGAAGGAGUCAGGAGUCUGGGGAGGUCAGGGGACUGUGAUGGGGAGGAAUCUGUGAGAGAGAUUAUUAAGCAACAGGUGGGAAACAGGAUUCCUGUGACAACCUGGGGUUGGGGCUUUUGGGGGACAAUAGGGUUGAGGCGGGGAGGGCCUGUGGCAACAGCAUGGCAGAGAAGCCACCGCACUACAAGAAACCUGCGCCAUGCAACCCCAAUCGUGGCAAAGAACCGCUGCGACUUACUGCCGGGGGAACGGUGGUCGGAGCACUCUCUGGGACCUGGGCAGAUGUGCGCUGGCUGCCAGAGGCGGGCAUGCCCCAUUCGAGGCAUCACACUUGGCGGUCCCAGGGACUGUCCAUGCACCUGUUCCCAGAGCACUCCGGCAGGGCUGUGCAUAGUGCUGCAGCGGUGAGAAGGAGCAGUGUGCCCCCCCCCGCUAACACAUGCUGCAAAGUGUAGUUUGCACACAAGCCUGCUGGGGAAACCUAAGACCCCCCAGACUGGCAGGCCCCAGCUUUGGGUGGUGGAGAAGCACCCGCCAGGCCCCAAAAUCUCUUGAGUAUUCAGUGGGUCUCUUCCCCAGCCGAUACACUGCUGCUCUAGGGAUGGAUGGCUGCCUAACCCAGCUCUCGUCUCGCAACGCGCCGCCACACCACUGAGCAAGAUCUAGCUCUGAGGCAGCUCAUCCCCUGUCUGAACACGAUGCCCGCAAGCCCGCAGGUCACUGUGCCUGAGGAAAGCAUGCAGGUGAAAAGCAGGUAACAGGGCACAUUCAGAUUGCAGACACAAACUGGCCCCCGUGCACGCACACCUUGGCGUUGGUAGACGCAGUGUGUGUGUCUUUCUCCUCUCAGGCGGGACCGGUGUUUAUUUCCUUCCUGGUGGUUUGGUCUCUUCCAACAUUCCUCACAUGGCACAUCUUUUGCAGACGGCUGUGUCUGAAAAUGUCGGGCAGGCUCCUUACAGCCUUCUGCGCGCGAUUCUUCUGGUGAAGGCCACGGGAGCUACGCACGUGGGCAGCUUGCAGGGUCAGGAUCUUAGACCCAACAUAGUAGUACUACUACAAAUAAUUAAUCAUAAUAAUUAAUAAUAAAUAGGGAUGUCUGGAAAUUCAGCAUAAUCAGCUUCAACUGUAAAUCCGAGGCGAUUCUCGGAAGCUCAUCAGAAAGAGCUUUGUGAAAAAGGCCAGGCAUUUCAUUGUAGCUGUAAUGUCCAUUUACCUUUUGUUCCUGGGGGCGUGGGUGUUUUAUUCCCGGGUGUUUUGAAUGUAUGUCGACUCUCCUGAAGACACUGCCCGUGAACUCGCCUUCUCCACUGGUUGUCAGUGGCUAACAAAGAGGCUGUCUGCAAAGUGUUAUGUGUAUUUAUGUCUGAUGUAAACAAUUUGUAUUGCAAGAAGUCCUGUAUUAAGUGUAACAGUAGCCACUAGAGUCAGUGGGUGCUGACUUCUGGUACGUGGGGGU